AUGAUUGACAAGCAUUGGAAUAUAUUUACGAAUGAUAUAGAAAUUCGAAUCAUGAAAGAAUAUUCUAUACUCUCACGAAGAUUUAUCAAGUAUUAUUCAAUAUCUUUCUUUCGUGAUAUUACAGUACUAUAUUUUUUUUCACUAUCGGUGCUUAUAAUAAUGCCGUUAACACCGAUAUUCCUAGACGUCAUAAUGCCUCUUAAUGAAUCCCGUCCGCGAUUUUUUGCGGUAGAAAUUGAAUUUAGGGUGAAUAAAGAUGACUACUUUCUACCAAUUUUUUGUUAUACUUCUAUUCUAAUUGUGUUGGGUGCAUUCAUUGGGUUAGGUGUUGAUGCAAAACAUAUCAUAUGUACUGCUCACGCAUGUAGUUUAUUUGCGGCUAUCAGCAAGCAAAUUGAAAGAAUAAUGUUAAAAGUCGACGAUAAUGAAAAUAAUACCAGGAAAAGUAAAUACGGUAUAAAUAAAAAGUUUAAUUUGUUAAACGAAAAAAUGAUGUAUCGAGAAUAUAUAAUAUGUUUAAAAAAACAUCAGCUUGCUAUAGAAUUUGUCAACGUACUAAAUUCAUCAUAUCAAGGAUGUGCAUUAGGUAUAUUGAUAGAAGUUGUUGGAGUUUUGAGUUUACUUGGACUUCGAAUCAUUGAUGUAUUAGAUCAAGUGGGAACGUUAGCAAAAUUUGUGCUUGUAUUCUUAUCAACACUGUUUGCUUUGAUAAUCAUAUGUUACUCUGGUCAAAGAAUAAUGGACGAAAGUCAGAAUGUAUUCCAUGGAGCAUAUGCUGCAGAAUGGUACAAAUUCUCGCCUAGACUAAAAUCGUUAUUGAUAAUAACUCUUUAUAGAAGUAAUAUUCCGUGUGGAUUAAAGGCAGGCAACAUGAUUCCGUUAUCCAUUGCAACUUAUGCAAAGAUACUAAGACGAACAAUCAUGCUAGAAAAUUUUUUGCGAGAGUAUAACGUUAACCGGGUAUUUUUGUUGACCAUGGGUCUUUGGCCGUUUCAAAAUAAACCCACGAGAAAUUUCUUGCGAACUUUCUUCUUUCUGAUCGAAAUAAGUUAUUGUCCCUUCGAGAUAUUAUUAAUGUACGAUCAUUGGGACAAUCCGCAAAUGAUUUUUGAUGCCAGUUAUCAAUUUAUGAUGUCGCUCUCUUUCAUUGGGAGGCAGAUAAACGAGUUCUGGAACCAUGACAAGUUGCGACAGUUGUACAAAGCUAUUGAUCAGCAUUGGGACAUAUUUACGAAUGAUUUGGAGGUUCAAGUUAUGAAAAAUUAUUCAAUGCUAUCACGAAAAUUUACAAGAUAUUACUCGAUGCUAAUGUUUAGUUUAAUGAUGAUAUUUUUAUUCUUACCACUAACACCAAUAUUGCUAGACACUGUGAUGCCUCUUAACGAAUCACGUCCGCGAUCCUUUGUAAUCGAAGUUGAAUUCAGAGUGAAUAAAGAUGAUUAUUUUCUAGCAAUUUUGUGUUAUACAACCGUUAUAGUUCUAGUAGGUGUCAACAUCGUAAUGGGCGUUGAUGCAAUGCAUAUCGCAUGUACCGCUCAUGCGUGUAGUUUAUUUGCCGCUGUCAGCAAACAAAUCGAGAAUAUAAUUUCGAAAGAGAAUAACAAUAAAAAAAACAGCAAAUGUAAAUAUCCUGUGAACAUGGAACUUGAUCCAUUAAAUGAAGAGUUAAUGUACAAGGAAUACAUAAUAUGUUUAAAGAAACAUCAACUUGCUAUAGAGUUUGUUAAUACAUUGGAGUCAUCAUAUAAGGGAAUUUCAUUAUUUUUGUUAAUCUUGCUUAUUGGGACUAUAAGUUUGAUUGCAACUCGACUUUUUAACAAGCAAUGGGGAUAA